UAGAAGUUACCAAAAUCUUGUUUUGAGUCAGGAGGUGUGGUGCAACUGAACAUUCGAAGCUACAAACCAUUAUUUUAAGCGCCACUUCUCUCAUACUUGGUCGGCAUAGCUGGAAUACCAACACGUGCACUCUUAUCAUUGGCUCAUAAUACUAGUCCCAUUUCCAAUUCUACCCUUGCAAUAUUUCCUCAACGGAAUUCAUCAUCACCAUCUUUGUGUGAGAAAGAGAGAAAGAGUUAGUUACUUUCAUCUCUGUGGUAUCACCGGAAUCACUCUUCGAUCCUCUCCGGCGAUGGUGCAUCCCUUGGUUGAACGUGCCACUAGUGAUUUGCUCAUCGGUCCUGAUUGGGCUUUGAACAUCGAGAUCUGUGAUGUAGUCAAUCGUGAUCCCGGGGAAUCAAAGGCUGUUGUUAAAGGUUUAAAGAAGCGGAUUGGACAUAGAAAUUCUAAAAUUCAACUUCUUGCACUAACUUUGCUGGAGACAAUCGUAAAGAAUUGCGGGGACAUUGUCCACAUGCAUGUUGCCGAGAGAGACAUUCUUCACGAGAUGGUGAAAAUAGUAAAGAAGAAGCCCGAUUCUCAUGUCAAAGAGAAGAUACUGAUUCUUAUUGACACUUGGCAAGAAGCUUUUGGAGGCCCAAGGGCAAGAUAUCCACAGUAUUAUGCUGCCUACCAGGAACUGUUGCAUGCGGGGGCUGCAUUCCCUCAAAGGUCUGAGCAAUCUGCACCUGUAUUCACGCCACUACAAACACAACCAUUGGGAUCAUACCCUCAAAAUAUACGCGAUUCUGAUGCUCGGCAACCCCCAGCUGAGUCCUCAGUGGAAUCUGAGUUUCCAACCCUCAGUUUGUCCGAAAUUCAGAAUGCACGUGGUAUAAUGGACGUUCUUACUGAAAUACUUACUGCUUUAGAGCCUGGUAACAAAGAAGGGCUUCGGCAGGAAGUUGUUGUUGAUUUGGUGGACCAAUGUCGAACAUACAAGCAGAGAGUGGUACACCUUGUUAAUUCAACUUCGGAUGAGUCACUGCUAUGCCAAGGACUAGCUCUUAAUGAUGAUCUGCAGCGUAUACUUGCCAAGCAUGAAUCCAUUGCUUCAGCAGAUACUGUUCAAAAUCACAUUGAGAAACCAAAUCCUGCACCUAGCAGAGCACUAGUAGAUGCUGAUGAUCCUUUAGUUGAUACUGGAGAUACUAGUAAACAAACUGAUGCGAGAUCAUCUUCUGGUGCUGAAGCAGGGUCUCAAACACUGAAUCAGUUGUUGCUUCCUGCCCCCUCUACAUCAAAUGGCUCAGCUCCUACCUUAAAGGUUGAUCCCAAAUUGGAUCUGCUCAGUGGUGAAGAGUACGGCUCACCAAAAGCAGAUAAUUCACUUGCUAUUGUUCCUGUAGGAGAACAACAGCCAGCCAGUCCUGCGCCUCAACAGAAUAAUGCCCUUGUUCUUUUUGAUAUGUUUUCUAAUGGAAACAAUGUGCCAACUCCUGUUAAUACCCAGCCAAUAGCUCCCCCCCAAUUUCAACAACAAACUAUCAUAUCUCAAGGUGUAUUUUACCCCAACGGAAGUAUGCCAAAUGUGGGGUCACCGCAACCACUAUAUACUCAAAACACAGGUCCUGCCUGGAAUGGUCAGGUUGUGCAGCAGCAGCAGCAGCCACCUUCACCCGCUUAUGGUACACAAAGUGGUGGAUCAUUUCCGCCUCCUCCAUGGGAAACUCAACCUGCAGACAAUGGUAAUCUAGUAGCGGGCAGUCAAUACCCGCAGAAUGGUAAUCUAGUAGCAGGCAGUCAAUAUCCGCAGAAUGGUAAUCUAGUAGCAGGCAGUCAAUAUCCGCAGCCAAUGCACUUCACUCAUAUGGUCAUGACACAUGUACAAACUUCCGUACCUCCUCAAGGACCUCAAGCAAUGGGGUUUGACCAGGCUUCUGGAAUGUAUAUGCAGCCAAAUGCUAGCCAUAUUCCUACAAUUCCUACAAUCAAUAACCAGGUUCAAAGUAACCAAUUCGGCUUGCAGCCUCCGUAUAUUCCGGGUCCUUAUAUGGGUAUGGUUCCACAUCAAAUGCAAAAUGGUCCUGUGGCUUCCAUGUAUCCUCAACAGAUGUAUGGUAACCAAUUCUUAGGAUAUGGCUAUGGUCAGCAACAGCAACAGCAGCAGCAGCAACAACAACAACAACAACAACAACAACAACAAGGGCUUCAAUAUGUCGAGCAACAAAUGUAUGGCUUAUCUGUGAGAGAUGAUAAUUCUCUAAGAAAUCCUUACCAGGUUUCUGCUGCAUCUUAUGCGCCACCCGGGAAGCCUUCCAGGCCAGAGGAUAAGUUAUUCGGUGACCUUGUUGACAUGGCAAGAGUGAAACCAAAAUCUACUCCCGGUCCUUAAAAACUAUGAUUGGAUUUUUUCGUUUGCCAACUCUUGCUCUUUUUUUUUUUUUUUUGUUUAUUCUUUACAUUUUACUUAUAUAUUUUAAUAUAUGUAUAUUUUUUUUGUUACUGUCCCAUAUUGUUUUGCUUCUCUGCCAAUUGGCGAUAGAUUUAGGCUUAAUAUAUUUUUUUAUCACAGUAAUAUACCUACAUUUUCAUUUUGGUCCCUGAUAUUUUUAUUUUUGAAGUGAUCUCUGUAAAAUGUGUUUUUCAUUAUGGUCUUGUUAUUUUUUGGUUCCUGUA